GAGUGUAGACAAGGCAGGAGCUUCGGUUCUCUGCUGUGAAAAUGAGAAUGACAAACGGGACAGGUGUCCAAUACGUUUGAGGUGCGCGGAUGCAUCUUCAGUGCCUCCCCCCGGACGGACAGACAUUUAGCUUCGUUUUCUACAAAGAUCACCGCCGCAUCAUCCAAGUCUGGUAUAUCCGUACUUUCCUCCAUCGCUUUCUUCAUGACAUCAAGAGGCAAAUAAUCCAGCUAUAAUAUCGCGAUCCACACACAGCCAUGGAUCUGACGGCAGAGAACCACCGCAUUCCCCUGAGCGAUGGGAACCUAAUUCCACUGUUGGGAUUGGGAACAUACGGAGAUCCCAGAACGACACCCAAAGGGACUGCAUUGGAGUGCGUUAAACAUGCCAUUGAUGUAGGAUACAGACAUUUUGACGGCGCAUUGGUGUAUUUUAACGAGCACGAAGUAGGUCAAGCCAUACGAGAGAAAAUUGCCGAUGGAACCGUCAAAAGAGAAGACAUUUUUUAUUGCGGAAAGCUUUGGAACACUUUUCAUCGCCGAGAGCUGGUGAGGCCUGCGCUUGAGAGGACCCUGAAGACCUUACAACUAGACUAUGUGGAUCUUUACAUCAUUGAGCUUCCAACUGCCUUUAAGCCUGGCGAUGAGUUCUAUCCCAAAGAUGAGAAUGGGAAAUACAUUUACCAUGAGACAGACCUCUGUGCAACAUGGGAGGCUUUAGAAGCUUGCAGAGACGCGGGGCUCUGCAAAUCUCUGGGAGUGUCUAACUUCAACCGCAGACAACUGGAGCUGCUUCUGAACAAACCGGGCCUUAAGCACAAGCCUGUGUCCAAUCAGGUUGAAUGUCAUCCGUAUUUCACACAGCCAAAGUUACUACAGUUUUGCCGUCAGAAUGACAUUGUGAUUGUGGGCUACAGCCCAAUAGGAACCUCCCGGGAUGCCUCCUGGGUAAACCUGAAAUGCCCUCCUCUCCUGGAAGACGAGCUGCUGGUCUCCAUCGGGAGGAAGUACACCAAGAGCAGUGCCCAGGUGGCUCUGCGCUUCAACGCCCAGAGAGGAGUGGUCGUCAUCCCCAAGAGCUUCAGCCCUCACAGGAUCACCAGCAACUUCCAGAUAUUUGACUUUUCUCUGACUGAGGAGGAGAUGACGGCCAUCGAAGGGCUGAACAGGAACAUUCGCUUCGUGGAGCUGCUCAUGUGGAGUGACCACCCUGAGUAUCCAUUCCAUGAUGACUACUGACAUUUUAAAACACUCACAAAAAAAAGCUAUUUACAGUUUCUAGAUUCACAGAUCAAACCUUCCAAUAAAUGGUUGCUCUUGUUUUCUUAAAAUUUCAAUAAUGUCACUGAGCGUGAAAUCCUUUGUUCACAUAGUCCUUUUGAAUCUUUCUUUGCAAACAAUGUGCCAGUGGCAUAAAAUCUCCACCAGGGGGCUCUGUUCCAUACUGAAUAGAC